GGGGUGUAGGCUUUGUCAGUUGCUGGCCCGGCGGGGCCUGGAGUCCCCCUACCCCCAGAGAUCCUGGGCAGCACCCCGUGCUCUCCAGGACACGGUCUUGGUGACUUUGUACUCAUUUAUUUUUAAGGUUUCUUUAUUUUCAUUUUAUUAGAGAUAGAGACUUGCUGUCCACUUGUUGGUUCACUCCCCAAAUGCCCACAACAUCCAGGGCUGGGCCAGGCUAAAGCCGGGAGCCUGGAGCUCCAUCCGGGUCUCUGACGUGGGUGACAGGCCCCAAGCACUUGUGCCAUCUGCUGCCUCCCAGGGCGUUAGCAGGAAGUAGAGCAGCUGGGACGUGAACCAGGCACUGCCGUGCGGGUGCCCUGUCCCAGGCUGCACACAGUGAGACCUCGGGCCUGUUUUUCCUUAUUCCCUGUGUCCAGUGGGCACGUUGGCCUGGCUGAACGGCUUCCUAAGUCUAGGCAUGCAGCAGAAUGGGAAACCUGGGGACGAGCCAGCACCUUGGUGUUGUUUCUAAAACAGAUUUAUUUGAAGGUCAGAGUUAGAGGGGGACAGACAGACAGGUAGGGAGAGCGUCCAUCUGCUGGUUCGCUCCCCAGAUGGCCACACAGCCAGGACCGAGCCAGGAGCUUCGUCUGGGUCCCCACGUGGGCGGAUGAAAGGGUGAUAAUGGGGCUGGUAUUUUAUUUAUUUAUUUAUUUAUUUUUGCUACCCUACUCGGUGAGAUGAACUGUUGGUGACCCCAGCUUGACCCUCUACCGGGCCGUCGGGGCUGGGGUACUCUGAGGUCCGCCUGGCUGGAAAGGCUGCCAGAGUGGGCGGUGGAACCCCUACCCCUGCCCAGGCCCCUGGGUCUGCCCCUGCACCUGCUCAGCUCUGGCCAGGGCUACAGGGCUGGGGCCUGGGGGUCAGAGGGGAUGGCUGGCCCCUCCCAGCUAGGAACAGCUCCAGCCAGAGCCCCCCACGACAGCUGGGGCAAGCACCUUGCCAUUUGGCAGGCCGAUGGCCUCACACAGGCGGGAAUUCCUGGCCCUGCCCGUCACGGGGGCAGGUAUGACAGCCACGCUGGUGACAGCAGGCCCAGGCACUCCAGCGCUCAACUCCAUCAGAGCAGGCAGGCAACGGCACACAGGCCAGGGCCUUGGCCUGCCCCACCAUGGCCCGGGAAGCAGACCAAGCCUGCCCGGGGCCUGCUGUGCCCAGGGGGAGGAAGAGCUCCGUGUUCCUGGCCUGCGUCUCCGUGGUGACUGCCCGGCGUCGCGCCCUGGCCCGCCAGGCGGCCCCCCGAGGCCCACCCCCCUGGCCAGCCCCUCUGCCUGCGCAGGCCGCCGAGAACUCCACGCAGGAGAUCGGUGAGGAGCUGAUCAACGGGGUCAUCUACUCCAUCUCCCUGCGCAAGGUGCAGCUGCACCACGGAGCCAGCAAGGGGCAGCGCUGGCUCGGGUGUGAGAACGAGUCGGCCCUGAACUUGUACGAGACCUGCAAGGUACGCACCGUGAAGGCGGGCACGCUGGAGAAGCUGGUGGAGCACCUGGUGCCUGCCUUCCAGGGCAGCGACCUCUCCUACGUCACCGUCUUCCUGUGCACCUACAGGGCCUUCACCACCACCCAGCAGGUCUUGGACCUGCUGUUCAAAAGGUACGGUAGAUGUGACGCCCUCACGGCCUCCUCUAGAUACGGAUGUGUCCUCCCCUACUCCAGCGAGGACGGCGGACCCCAGGACCAACUCAAGAAUGCCAUCUCCUCCAUCCUGGGCACCUGGCUGGACCAGUACUCGGAGGACUUCUGCCAGCCCCCGGACUUCCCCUGCCUCAAGCAGCUGGUGGCCUACGUGCAGCUCAACAUGCCCGGCUCGGACCUGGAGCGCCGGGCGCACCUGCUGCUGGCCCAACUCGAGGACCCGGAGCGCGGGGACCCCGAGCCCGAGGCUCUGUCGCCGGCUCCGGUGCCAGCUCUCGCACCCAGUCCCGAGCCGGAGCCCGACGCGGUCCUCGCGCCGGUCCUGGACCUGCAGCCCACCCCGGCGCCCGCCGCAGAGCUGGCGGCAGAGCUGGAGGCGGCUCUGUCGCAGACCCUGGAGCUGGACGCGGCUCCCGGACCGGGGCCACCCUUAGAGCCUCCCUGGGCGGCUGCCGAGGACGGGCUGAGCCCGGAGAAGCCGCGCCUCCUGGUCUUCCCGCCCGAGCUGGUGGCCGAGCAGUUCACGCUGAUGGACGCGGAGCUGUUCAAGAAGGUGGUGCCGUACCACUGCCUGGGCUCCAUCUGGUCGCAGCGGGACAAGAAGGGCAAGGAGCACCUGGCGCCCACCAUCCGCGCCACCGUCACCCAGUUCAACAGCGUGGCCAACUGCGUCAUCACCACGUGCCUCGGGGACCGCGGCAUGAAGGCGCUGGACAGGGCCCGGGUGGUGGAGCACUGGAUA